AUGAAUACGAAUAAGACGCAGCUGACGUAUGUUACUUCGCUUCCUGAGUUAAAUAAAAUGCUUGCAGAUUCAACGAAAAAUAUCAAGGAUGUAUUUUUCCCGAAGGAAGAAAUUGCAGCUCUGCAGUGGGAUACCUCGGAGAAGUUCGUCUCACAAGACAUUUCAACCAACAUCUUUCUCGCUGCCUUCACCACGGCCUGGGCACGACUCAAACUUUACCAGGAAAUGGAUAAGUUGGGGGAGUCUGUGUUGUACCAUGACACAGAUUCUAUCAUAUAUGCAAGUAACGGUUUAAAUGAUCCCCCAAUAGGCAAUUUUUUAGGAGAAUUCACCGAUGAAUUGAAUGGGGACACGAUUACUACAUUUGUGUCUGGCGGGCCAAAGAAUUACGCGUACGAAACAUCUAGAGGUAAAACGUGCUGUAAGGUAAGGGGGUUUACCUUAAACUUUCGAAACUAUCAAGUAUUGAACUUUCACUCCAUGAAAACCCUAGUACGGAGCAUGGAUGACGACGGAGUAGUCAUCACAAAUCCAGCCAAGAUAACCCGUGAUCCUAAACGCUGCAAAGUCAUUAACAAGAAAGAGACAAAACUAUACCGAAUGGUCUAUGAUAAACGAGUCAUUGUACCCUCUGACCUAUCUACUCUUCCUUACGGAUACUGAACUUCUCUCCCAUCUUUAAGAAGAAAGACAGAAGAAAAAAAAAAUCGUUCUCUUUAGAGCAAAAAAAAAAAAAAAAGGCCCUUUUCAGGGCCACACCAAAUAACAUGAAUUGGAAUGCUUACAUUGCAAAAAGUCUUUUUACAAGACCAUACAUAAAAAAAAAGGUUCUUUUCAGAACCACGAAAAAAACAAAGGCCCUUUUCAGGGCCACACAGAAAAAAAAAGACCCAUUCUGGGCAAACUUUUCUUUUUUCAGGACAAAUGGAUUCCUAUAAAAGGUGGUAUAAUUUUCUCUUUUAUUAAAGGUAUAAAAAGCUUUGUAUACGCGUAAGACAAUCAU